CACUUUCCUAGAGAUCCAGGAACAGAGUGAACACACAGCCCAUCUGACAAGAUGAAGCUCCCCACAACCAUCUUCUUACUCUUCUCCUUGAUCCUCUGUGUCAAGAGCCAGAAUUGGCUUAGAGAUUCUGCAAGAUUCGUAAAGGAGGCUGGUCAAGGUGCUGGAGAUAUGUGGAGGGCCUACAGGGACAUGCGUGAAGCCAAUUAUAAAAAUUCAGACAAAUACUUCCAUGCUCGUGGAAAUUAUGAUGCUGCCCGGAGGGGACCUGGUGGAGCCUGGGCAGCUAGAGUGAUCAGUGAUGGACGAGAAUUCUUUCAGGGUGGCAGCAGCGGCAGGGGAGUGGAGGAUUCUAGGGCAGACCAAUUCGCAAAUAGAUGGGGCAGGAGUGGCAAAGACCCCAAUCAUUUCAGGCCAGCUGGUUUGCCCUCCAAAUAUUGAGCCGACUUGUUCUUCUUUCCCCCUCUCCACCAUCACUCUCUGUGCUGCCUGGAUAGAGAAUGUGAUCUCUCUCUCUGUGGACUAAUAAAUGAGUGUUCAAUAAAUAUCCAAACUAAGAAUGAA